AUGUUUGAUUUCUUGGAUUACAACAUGGCACCCACUCAAAGAUCGAGAGAUUUGGAGUAUUUUUGGAUGGAAAUGGAAGAUAAACACCCAAAAACUAAGAAGAAGAAUGACAGCAUGAGAAUAGCAAAGACCCUGAUAGAAGGAGGACCGAAUUUCUAUAGAGAAAUGCGAGAUAUAGACAGAACGACGACAUGGGAAGAGUUCAAAAUCAACUGCAACAUGAGAAGAACAGUAAAUAUACUGGAAAGAAUACAGAUGUUUCCGGAACAAGGAGAGACAGAGGAAACAGAGGAAGUGAUACGAAGAAUUGCAACUUUGCAAAAAUUUUUACAGGUGGGCACGCAAGCCCUGAUUUGGCACAUUAGAAAUAAGUUGAAGAUAGAAACAUCUGAAAGAGUGAAGAACGUGCUUAAGAUAGAAUAA